AUGGGGAAAGUACUUUCGAAAAUUAUGAAAAAAUUAUCAGCCGAUGGCCCAAAACGAAUACUUAUGCUUGGCUUAGAUAAUGCAGGUAAAACAACAAUACUUUAUCGAAUGAAACGUACAGAAGAUUUUCAUACUGUACCAACAAUUGGUUUUAAUGUUGAAACAAUAUCACCAUGUCGUGGAAUUUCUUUAACUGUUUGGGAUGUUGGUGGUCAAGAUCAUUUAAGAACCUUAUGGCAUCAUUAUUUUGAUAAUGUUGAUGGGCUUGUAUUUGUUAUUGAUUCAACUGAUAGUCGUCGUCUUCAUUUAGCUCGAGCUGAAUUAGAAGGAAUCUAUCAACAUGAAGCUAUGAAAGAUGUUCCAUUAAUUGUUUUAGCUAAUAAACAAGAUAAUGAUGAUGCUUUACCAGCUGAACAUAUAGCUCGCAAAUUAAAUUUAAUAGAAUGGCCUGAAGAUUCUUAUUAUAUUAUUCCAUGUUGUGGAUUAAGUGGAAAGGGUAUAACAGAUGCAUUUACUACAUUAGCACAAAUGAUACGUGCACGGCAAAAAUCACAUCGAUUAGGCCUCGUUUAA